AGUUCGGCCGCUUUCUCCUGGCAGGCUGGGCGCCGCCAUGGAGGGCGAUCCUCCCCCAGUGGAGGAACGGCGGCGGCUGCAGGAGGAGCUGAGCGAGUUCGUGGAGAGCUGCUGCCGGACGCUGGAGGAGGUGACGGCGUCCCUGGGCUGGAGCCUGGAUCGGCUGGACCCCGGGGAGGAGGGGACGGCAGAGGAUGAAGUUGUGAUAUGCCCUUAUGAUUCCAAUCAUCACAUGCCUAAAUCGUCUUUAGCAAAGCACAUGGUGUCUUGUCGACUGAGGAAGCUGGGCUACACCAAAGAAGAAGAGGAUAAAAUGUAUAAUUCUGAUUUUUUCUAUGAGAAUGCGAAGAUACCUUCAAUUACUUUGAAUAAGGACUCACAGUUCCAGAUAAUUAAACAAGCUAGAACUGCAGUUGGAAAAGAUGGUGAUUGUUAUAAUCAAAGGACUUACUCUUCAUUGCCUGUUGAAGUUCCUCUGAAUCACAAACGGUUUGUUUGUGAUCUAACCCAAGCUGAUCGUCUGGCCCUCUAUGAUUUUGUAAUCGAGGAGACAAAGAAAAAGCGCUCUGAUUCUCACAUUAUUGAAAAUGACAGUGAUCUCUUUGUAGACUUGGCUGCCAAAGUCAAUCAAGAUAAUAGUCGAAAAAGUCCAAAAUCUUACCUUGAAAUACUGGCAGAAGUGAGAGAUUAUAAAAGAAGACGCCAGUCCUAUAGAGCUAAGAAUGUUCACAUAACUAAGAAAUCAUAUACUGAAGUGAUUCGGGAUGUGAUUAAUGUGCACAUGGAAGAACUCAGUAGUCAAUGGCAAGAAGAGCAGGAAAAAGCGGAGGAUGAUGCUGAGAAGAAUGAAGAAAGGCGGUCAGCUUCAGUAGAUUCCCGACAGUCUGGUGGAAGCUAUUUGGAUGCUGAGUGCUCACGACAUAGGAGAGAUCGGAGUAGGAGCCCACAUAAACGAAAAAGAAAUAAAGAUAAGGAUAAAAACUGGGACUCAAGAAGAAGGAAAGAGAGGGAUGGGGAAAGACAUCAUAGUCAUAAAAGAAGAAAGCAAAAAAUGUAAAUGAAGUAUUUGUGCAUGUAUUAAAUAUGCUUAUGCCAUGAUAACUAACAUGUUGAUAUUUUAAUUAUAAUGGCUUUGAGUAGGAGAAUGUAUUUUUGUGAUCUGUUAGCGCUCAGAUCAUUAUUUUUCAAUAAAUACUUAUGUCUCAAGCCAUGAGUACACUGUGAUGCCCUAUAACUUUGUUUUCCUUAUAAUUUAACAGAUGAUUGCUUCCUAUUUCUGAUUUUGUUUCAUUCUUUGUGAUAAUUUAUGUAUCAGAAAAUGCUUUAAUUAAAGUCUAUACUUAAACUAUAUAAUAAGUGAAUACAUUCUCACUGUACAAAAGAAACCUUACAGAUAAGGCUGAAGUCCCCUUGGAACAUCAUCUGCCAUCCCUGUGGCCACCCUGGUGGUAACUACUAUUUACCACUACACUGGGGAAUUGUAACAGGGAAAAACAACCUAAAUAUGUGUCAGAAAGGGAAUGGCCUGGCUAAAUAAAUAAAAUAUAGUAUAGUCAUAUGAUAGAUUACUAUAUUGGAUUUAAAAGAAACUUUAUCUAUAUUAACGUGAAUAGAUCUCAGAAACAUGCUAAGUGAAAACAGCAAGUAAUGGGAAG